GGAGUGAAAGGAUGGAAGCAGAAGAAAAGGAAUAAAGUGACUAUCAAAACAUUUUAUAAUUGCUUCAACUUCUCGGGUACACGAGAUAAUUUACGAGUGAAAAUUUUAACAUCGGAAUGUCGCAAAGCGUACAGCAGCAGAAAAAUGUUUGAAAGCGUGUUUUUAAGUUUCGCGAUGAUAGUGAUAUAGUGUGUAGGAGAAAGAGGUGCAAGAGCGCAGGAAGAACGCCGUCGCGAUCGUAGUGUAAACGGACGGCAACGAAUUUUAUAUGGAAUUUAAUUAUCGAUGAUCAACGUGCUCGAUCGUGCAACGGAAAAGGGAAAUCGUUUGAUUUUCGAAUAUCCAAUUAUCGGCCGAAAAAAUUGAAAGCAUUCGUUGGGCUAUAAUUUAGGCAAGAAUGGUUCGAGAGAUAUUCUGGUUCAUGAAAGUGUUGGCUCGAUGAUAAUUCUAUCGGUAGAUUCGGUGAGAAUUGAUGAAAAGAAAACACAAGAAUGCACCAAAACAGAAGGAAGAAAAAGAGAGUGAAUUACGGCGUAAGGAUAGUGGAGGUAUUGCGUGAAACGAAAGGAUUUGGUUUUACGAUCUCGGGACAGCAACCUUGUAUUUUGAGUUGCAUUGUUCCAGGAAGCCCGGCAGAAAAUGCUGGAUUACGUGCCGGCGAUUAUUUAGUAUCUGUCAAUGGUCACAAUGUCAGUAGACUACCACACGACGAUGUCGUACAAUUAAUUGGCCGUUCCAAGGGUAUCCUGAGAUUACAAAUAGCUGAAAAUUAUUAUUCCGAUUCUUCGGACGAGGAAGGAGUUGCAACAGUACGCUGCAAGCCUAAAUACACUCACAAACCACGUACGAGUAACAUGGGAGCGUUACAAUUGCAAUGUAGAGUUGCCAAAGUUGUGCGGGACCUGCAAAGCGGUGCUAUGUUUGACGCAACAGGGAGAGCACCGACCGCAUCGCAAAGCCAAGGAAGUUAUUGCGGCUUACAUUAUCGUUGGGAUAUGUCUAGUCCUCUUCCGCCGCCACCGCCGCCAGCCUCUCACAAAAGAGACUCUGAAAAGAUAGUACAUAGAACAGUUGUUGGGUAUCUCGGAACUAUUGACAUUCCUAAUCAAUUGCAUCCGUCUUGUAUGAUGCAGGUUUUGAGAAAAUGCAUCAAACGAUUGAAAGCCGAGAAAAGAAAUCCCACUACGGUGCUCUUAACUAUACACGUGGCAAACAUAAAGCUUACCAAUUCAGAAAAUCGCGUUAUAGCGGAAUAUCCGUCUUAUAGAAUAAUAUUUUGCAACUCUUUCUCCGAACAAGACAAGCAGUAUUUUGGCAUAUUGACUAAGUCUGUUAAAGAUAAAGAAAAUAUUGUUUCGAACUCAUGCCAUGUUUUUACAAUUUAUUAUAAAUUAAUUGACCAUGCAGUGCAUUCCAGCGCGUGUAAUAUAUUCGGAUUUACGUGCACCAAAACAUCUGAAUUAAACGUGUGUCAAGAAUUUCCUGAUAGUUGCAAUGGCCUUAUCGGUGCUAUACAAACUUUGUAUAUAUCAGACUCUGCAGGCACGGACGCAAGUUCCUAUAACGAAAUGCGGAGGCAUCAAGAUGCUUCUUCCCCGCAGCCGAGUAACAUAAGUACUUCUACUGCUCAUUCGAGUAACAGCGAUUCUGGAAUUGGCUUUAAAGACGAUUGCACAAGCCAUUUAGAUCAAAAUAUCGUACAAAACGUCUCCCGAAGAAGAUGCUGUCCUGUUUCAGAAUACAGGGAUGCGUGUGAUCAUCCGUCGAGAACGUACGGUAACGAGGCCGUCGAUUUUCGAUUGACGGUUCGAGCCGUAUCUAACGCAUGCUGGAACGAAACAAACGAAUCGGACGCGUGUAAAAGUAAUACGGAAUUGUCUCGUGGAAGUGUUGUUUUUAAUGAUUUUUGCGAGGGAAUAAGUACGUACACGGCGACGAUAGAGAAUCACGAGAUGCAUUCCGAUGUACAAAAGGGAACGAAGAGGGGGGACUUGCCCACCUGUCCAUUACCAUCUGCCUCUACAGUUAAGCAGGGGUUGGUUAGUUCGUCCGUUGGUUCCCUCGCGUCCGUUUGCACCACCGCGAUGCUGCACGGUAUAGAAGAUCCGAUCGACACGUCUGACGAUUCUAUAGCCAGAUCAAAAAGAUUAUUGGCGUUUACGGUAUUAGCGGAAUCGACGGAGACCGACACGCGGGACAAAUUCAGUCCGAAAGUUUUCUCCGGUAUCUCCAAGUCCUUAGUGCAUAGUUUCGAAGACCUUAACGCGAGUAUGGAUUAUGCUCGUCCUCUCUGCCAAACAUACUCGGAUAAAUCGGAUAACUCACGCCCUUGGGGAAGUUUACAAGAGAUUCGGAACAUUGGAACCUGUGUGCAGGAUACCUGUCUGCACGGUAGUACAGAAUUAUGCGACAAAAACACCGACUGCAAGAGUAUACAUGCAUGGGCCAGUGGUUUUGAGAAAUUACUGGAAGAUCCAAAAGGAUUGCAAACAUUUGCGGAGUUCUUAAAGAAGGAGUUCAGUCAUGAAAAUAUCUACUUUUGGGCAGCCUGCGAGAGAUACAAAGACACUAAAGAUAUUGUAACAAGACGCAAGUUGGCUAAUCAAAUUUAUCAACGUCACUUGUCCAACACAGCUGCAGAACCUGUGAACGUCGACAGUCAUGCUGCUGGUCAAAUAACUCAGGAACUUCUCGGAGAAGCACCCACUAAUCUUUUUCUACAGGCUCAAAAGCAGGUUUUCAAUUUAAUGAAAUUCGACAGCUAUCCUAGAUUCUUAAGGUCCGAUCUAUAUCGUCAUUGUAUAGAAACGGGAAGUUCUGUAAUCGGUGUUGUGGACUGUGAUCUGAAUCUGACCAGUUCACCUAGCGUAAAGUUAAAAAAGAGCCAUUCAGAUGCUGAGGAUCGAUGUAGGAAAUCUAUUCUUCCAUGGAAUAGAAAGAAUAGGUCCAAAUCGAAAGAUCGUGGAGAGUCUGAGUACAGUAAAACACCUAGUAGAAGCGAAACCAUAUAUAAAAGUUUCACGACUAUGAAAAGAGAGGCGGAAGGUAAUAAUAAUGACGACAGUAUUUCUAUAUCUAGUAGCAGAUCUUCAUUAGCGUCAUGGGAUCUGGCCCUGAGGCAAUCGUUUCACAAACAUUCUUUAUCGUCCUACGAAGGACAGUCGAACGAAACGAAAGAAGUUCGCGCCAAAUGUACCGGGUUGUGUCGGGUAAUAUUACCCGAUGGAUCGACUACGGUUGUACCAACUAGCGAAACGGAGAGUAUUAAAGAUGUGGUUACACGACUUCUCGAUAAAAGAGCUCUCCGAUACUCUAACUAUGACGUUCUAAUCCUAGCCACAGACGAGACGAUAGAAGCGAAAUAUCCAUCGGCGGUGUUGGCCGGCCAAGAAGUGGAAGUCGUUCCGACGAAGAUAUUGAAAGUAGACUUAUUUUCGCGUCGCGUGAUCACCGUGAUCGCGCACAAAGGGAGGACCCUUAAGGAAGUGCUAAAACCGCUUCUGAAUAAGUACGGUUUCAAUGUGGACAUGAUCACGGUAUGGAGCGAAAAUCACUGUAUUUGCAUGGACAUGCCAGCUAUCGAUGCUCCCGCCAGGUUAACUUUGAUGAACGUAAAAGACGAAGAUCCUCAAAAGGAAUUGCACACGGUUAAAUACGCGCACGAUGUACUACACGGUCAACCCACUCUGGACGAGAUCACUAACAGGGUGUUCGAGGAGCUCCUAGUGGGCAAAGGUGCGAGUAAAUAUCAGUAUAACGAAGGCUCGUGUAAGUCGGACGAUCAACGGUCCGAAGGUUCCUCCAUUCUACCCAGCAAGUUUUUUCUCCGAGAUUCUACGAUGCACGGAAAAAAGAAGGGAAAGUCCAAAUGUUCGAGCGAAAAGGGUAAUCCGAACGAUUACGCGGCCGAAGAGCCAGUCAAGUCUCACCCACCUUUAAUAGCAAAGUGGCGGAACGGUGUGAAAUUGCAGUUACCAGGAAGAUUUGACGGCGAAGAUCUGUACGAAGGUUUGAAACGAGCGCAAAGAUCCAGAUUGGAAGACCAGAGAGGAACGGAGAUCAAUUUUGAGUUGCCAGACUUUUUAAAGAACAAGGAAAAUGGUAAGCCGACGGAUCGGAACAAGGUUCGAAGACCUAGGAUAGUGUCCGCCAAUUGCGAAGCAAACUCCAAGUUUUACGGCUCGAUUAACGAACGACAAAACUGUGACGGGCACGGCCAAGACACGGUGGCACCAUCGAGGAACGGAAAUAUCAACGAACGAUUCGUUGUGUCCGCCGGUGGAAACGAAUCUUGGAGUAAGUCACAAGAUGGAUCGUUCAUUUUAGAUACGACCAUAAUGGUCGGCGAUCGGACCAUUCUGGAGAACGGAUCACGCUCCAGAGCGACUGUUUUGGACACGUUCGAUAGUCAAGCAUCGUCGGCCGUGAAACUGUCGAAGCCUCCGCCACUUCCGCCAAAACCGAAAAAUCUCGUUACAAACGCAACGAAAACCGGGUAUAUCGUUUCUUCGAAAUCUUUACCAAAGUCUGCUCGAGCCGUUCCCCUGAGCCCGACUGAAUCCAGUCGGAAAAAUAUAUUUUAACAUAUUGGAGAACACAUGUGUUCGCCGCAAUGGUAUUCGCUUGGUCUAUAUCUGUAUUUGAAAUAUAAUGUGCGUCGAAAAAUUCGAAAAAAAAAAAGAAAAGAAUAUUUUUAUAUCUGCGCGUAUAUACGUAUAUAUACGUAUAUACACUUUGAGGAAUUAUACGGCGUGAGAAAUUUGACAAACAGAUUCUACGACUACGGUUUCGCGUUAUUUUUGCACCGUCUGACUGGUACUACUUGAAAUUUUCUAAGUGCCUUCGUUUUUACUUCCAUUCAACGUACUGCCGUACCGAGAUUCAUAUGGCAAUUGUCUUAGUCGAUAAAUAUUUAUGAUCUUUUUACAGUACAGCUGUUACUUUCCUGGUUAUACAGGAUAUAUAAGUAUAUUUUAUUGUAAUUUAUAUUCGAUGAAUGUUGUUACACGCAAAAGGUGAAAAAAUGUUUGAGAUUUUACGCGAAAUAAAUAAAUUAUAUAAACUUCGUUCAACAAG